AUGGAAACGAGCAACAGCAAGGCAAGUGCUGGAAUAAGUACGAUCGUGAAACUGAUGGCCCUACCUUCAAAGGCAAGCGAGGUUAUUGAGAAUUGCACAAAUUUGGCGGACAUUCCACAGAGGAUUACCAUCAACAACACGAGAGGCAGCGUGAAGAGGAGGCAGCAGCACAAAAGGAACGAGCACGAGCACAACAUGACCGAGCACGAGAAAUCGCUCGCCUGCCCCCUCCCCCAAAGAGAACACGAUGAACCACCAGCUCCUCGCCGAAGGAUCAACAUUAUUGUUGGCGGCUUAUCAACAUGCCGCGACUCUGUUCGAUCAAUCCAAGCUUACUGCCGCGAAGCAGAAGCAAAGCGUAGCUGGCCCUCCCAUAGCAACAUGUUUAAGCGGUCUUCCGAACCAAUUACGUUUACUGAGGAGGACGCGCGCAAAGCUAGUCUGAACAACGAUCCACUCAUCGUAGAAUUGGUAAUUAGGGAAAGCUCGGUGACAAGAAUUCUUAUUGACAUUGGAACCUCGGUCAACGUCAUAUUCAAGGAUGUACUGAUUCAAAUGGAGAUUGAUCGCCGCAACACGACACAUGAAACACAGCCUCUAACAGGAUUCGAUGGAGAUACUAUAAUGACAGUUGGAACCAUAUCACUUCCAAUUUAUGUUGGCGGCACGAUGCAAUGUUUAAACUUUGCAAUCGUGGAUAAACCCAUUGUUUACAACAUCAUUCUUGGAACACCAUGGCUCCAUAAGAUGCGUGUUGUAGCCUCCACUUACCACCAGUGCGUCAAGUUUCCAAAUGCAUACGACAUGGUUACGCUACGCGGAGAUCCUCUGAUGGCAUGA